AAGCCAGCUUGUUUGUAUUGGUUGUAGGAACCUUCUUCUUUAUCCCAGAGGAGCUACAAUUGUGUGUUGAGCAAUAGGCAAUACCUUCACCCCAGCCCCACCUGCUGGUAACUUUAAUUAUUGAGAGAGAGAGAAGCUGAGAAUCAUUCCCUCCCUCACUUUCUACAUUACUUCUACUCCAAUCUCCAUUCUUCUACCUCACAUCAAUAGCUCUGCAGGCUUCUGUGAAAUUUGUCGAUUUGCCUGAAUAUUUUUACUCUGAGAAUCUGAAAGGUUUGUGAAGAACAUGGCAAUUUGUUCUUCAAGCUUCAGAUUAUCACAUUUGGCCAAUUUUCCAAAUGAGAUCGAUUCAAAGGAGCAAGCGUACAAAAGUUGGACAGUUGAUGCUAGGGUAUUUGGAUGCUUGAGAAGGCAUAAUGGUGGAUUGCUGCCUUCUACGAAGGCAGAGGUUUUGUCAAUUUCAUCAAAAUGCAAGACUAUUGUAUAUCUCUCGGGGAGAGAGCGAAAUAGGUUCAUGGUUACAAGCAUGUUGCAGCCGCUGAGUGAACUGGAGUCGGGUGAUCCUGGGGCUACGGUUUUGCAACAAGAUGCAGCUAGUUCUCUAACAAAGGAUUCUAGGGUUCUUCAAACUAGCUUUUCUCCUCACACUGACAAUGGAGGUGGUGGUACUUACUCUUUGAGCAGUAGCGAUGGUAAUGGAGAAAUUCCAUCUGGAGGUGGAACAGGAGGACAUGGAGGUGGUGGUGGUGGCGGCUCUGGUGGCAGUGGUGGUAAUGAAGAGGAUGACCAUGAAGAAAAGGAGUUUGGGCCUGUAGUGAAAUUUGUGGAAGUGAUGAAAGAGGCUGAAGCUCGUGGUGUUAGUCUUCCUCCAGACAUGUUAGAAGCAGCUAAGACUGUUGGAAUUCGCAGAGUUCUUCUUGACAGAUACUUGGAUUUGCAGGGUUCGUUCUGGCCUUUAGGCUUUGCAAUCAGAUCCUGCUCAUUGCUUCGCAACCGUAUGCUUGCUGAUCCAUCUUUCCUUUUUAAAGUUGGAACAGAGAUUGUCAUUGACUCAUGUUGUGCUACAUUUGCGGAAGUCCAAAAGAGGGGCAAGGACUUCUGGUCAGAAUUUGAGCUGUAUGCUGCUGAUCUUUUAGUUGGUGUGGUUGUUGACAUUGCUUUAGUUGCUAUGUUGGCCCCCUAUGCUCGUUUUGGGCAGCCAACUGCAUCAAAAGGUUUACUUGGCCACUUGCAACGUGCUUCUGGAGCCCUGCCUAGUAGUGUGUUUGAAGCUGAAAGACCAGGAUGCAGAUUCACAAUACAGCAAAGGAUAGCAACAUACUUCUAUAAGGGUGUGUUGUAUGGAGCGGUUGGGUUUACUUGUGGUAUUAUUGGACAAGGCAUUGCGAAUUUGAUAAUGACUGCAAAACGGAGCAUAAAGAAAUCAGAAGAGGACAUACCGGUGCCACCUCUUGUGAAAAGUGCUGUUCUCUGGGGUAUUUUUCUUGGUGUUUCUUCUAACACCCGCUACCAGAUUAUAAACGGAUUGGAAAGCCUGGUUGAAGCAUCACCUUUAGCAAAGAGGGUCCCACCUCUUUCAAUGGCAUUCACUGUUGGUGUGCGAUUUGCCAAUAAUAUUUACGGUGGUAUGCAGUUUAUUGACUGGGCGAAAUUGAGUGGGGUGCAAUAGUAAGUCAUCCUAUAUCUCUAUUAAAUUAUGCAGUUAAACAAUAAGAAUGUAGAUAGAAGAAAUAUAAAAAAUGUGUAUCUCUGAACCUUAUUCAGAUGUGAGUUUUGCUCUGAUGCUAUUUCUCACUACUAACAUUAGAGGGAGGAGCAGAGAUGCAGUUCAAUUUUGCAUUUUGGGUUGUAACCUUUUAUGGGGUCUUUUCUUUACUAUUCUUUUUGAAUAAUUGUUGGUAAUAGCAAGGUUAUUAUUUGUUCUGCUUUUAGCUA